AUGAUGCAAAGGCUAAAAAAAUCCUUCAAUAUAUCUUACUCACAAUCUUUCCAGCAAGCUCGAUCUAUAAACUCCUUGCGAAUGACAACAAAUAGCCAUCUCUUUUGCUACACGUCGGGUCGUUGGCUAUAUAAUGAACAGCAACAAUUGGAAAAGCGAUAUGUUGAAUUUAAUGUUCCAAGUUUGCAGAGAACUGUCGGUCAAAUAGUCGGCAGUCAGUGUAUGCAAAUGACUAAAAUGCCUGAGGGACUGUACAACAAAGUGUUCUCUUUGAAAAUGGAGAACGGCAGGGAGGUUCUGGAGAGAAUUCCAAAUUCGAAUGCUGGCCAUCCCAUUAUGUUGUGGCUACUUUGCAACGUUCUCGAUAUCCCGGUCCCCAGAGUUCUUUCAUGGAGCAACCCGUCACAACAUAACCCAGUGGGUGCCGAGUAUAUACUGAUGGAAAGGGUGAAAGGGCGUCAGUUAAGUGAGGUCUGGGAUAACAUGUCGGAAGCUGAACGGUUUGGUCUGCUGAAGAGCUUGGUGGGAAUUGAGCAGAAACUGGCGAGUUCAAGGUUUGCAUUUCAUGGCAGCUUGUACUAUAAGGAUGCAUACCCACAUGGCACAACCUUUGCUGACCCGAUUGAAGUGGAACGAGGGAAUACGUUGGGUUUUGUUAUUGGUCCGACAACUCAGCGUUCCUUUUGGGAAGAUGAAAAGCAAGAGCUAGACAUCGAUCGAGGCCCUUGUAUGGAAAACUGCGCAGGAGUAUUUUCAGCCAUCGCAACCCGUGAGAUUGCCCUGAUCCGAAAUCCACCAAAUAGAUCCAGCGAUAUGUCUGUACCAUCGGCAACAACAUGGCCGAAACGUAAUAUGCAUGUACGCCUUCUUGAGCAGUUUCUAAUAGUGCUGCCUCACAUACUACCACGGGACGAAACCCUUUGUCCUGCCUUGCUGCACCAUGACCUUCACUCGGACAACAUUUUUGUUGAUCCAUCGGAUCGGACGAAAAUAUCGAGCAUAAUCGAUUGGCAGGCAGUCUACACCGCGCCACUCUGCAUACAGGCAAAGUUUCCAUCAAUAUUCGAUUGCGAUGACCCAUACCCAUGGGGUGCUGUUCAGCCCAAGUUACCAGAAGGGUUCGAGACUCUUUCACAACCAGAGAAGCAGUUAGCCGAAGACAAGCUUGGUAGGCUUGGAUUGAAAAAGUUCUACGAACUGGCUUCAAGAAAAUUCAAUCCGACUCUCGUUAGAGCCAUGGAUGCCAUGAGAAACGAUGAUGAUCCUACAUCCUUUAUAUUCCUCAUCGUCGGGCGGUCUUCCUUAGAUGGUCCAAUCCCGCCCCAAGAACUUCUGAUACAGAUAUAUGAGAAAUGGGAUCGAAUUAUGGAGCGGAGAGGUUUAGCGAUACCUUGUCCUAUCUCGUUCUCAAACGACGAGAUCAGUAGAACUCGACAGCAGGUAGGCGCAUGGGCAGAGGUAUAUGGUGACUUUGAAAGUCUGCGAACAAAGCUCGUUGGCGAUGAUGGCUGGGUCUCACAUGAGGAAUAUGAGGAAGCCAGACGCAGGUGGGAGGCCAACAGAGUGACUUUAACGAUGCUACGAGAGCGAUUAGAAAGGCUACUGUGA